AUGAAUCAACGAAGCUAUGAAUUCUUAUGUGCAUUCCUGCUAGGAAUGGGCCAGUUAUGUGUGAUGACUGGGUUCGAUACGGAAAGUUUUAUUCUGGAGACUGUCAUUCAUUCGAUUUAUGAGAGAGAACCGGAGAGAAUCAGUUCUUAUGCGGGAUACUAUGGCCAAGCCGUAAUCUAUGUGUUCUACAUGUUGGCAUGUCUUAUUUCUCCAUCUAUCAUAACAGUGAGCACCCCGAAAACCAGCUUGGUUUUCGGAGCGAUCUUCUUCACAGCCUUCCCUUUAGGAUUCCUGUUCACCAAUUCUUAUUAUUAUUAUUUUUCAUCAGCACUAUUAGGAGUUGGACUGGCUUUAUACUACCAAGGGCAAGGAGGUUAUCUGACAUCUCACUCUACCAGAAAUACCAUUGAGUCCAACGUCUCUUUAUCGUGGUCUCUGACAUGUUUCUGUAUGAUUCUCGGCUCUGCUAUCAUAGCAGGCAUCACCAAAUAUAGUGCCGAUGGAACAGAACUAAUCUUGGAUGUUCUGAAUACUACCAAUGUAUCUCACAACACGGAGAGGCAAUUCAGCAACACUGAAAUAAGCCUCAUUUUCACUGCUUUUACUGGAAUCUCAUUAACCGGAAUUGUUAUAUUCUUUCUUCUCCCAUCGAGAGAUGUAGAAGAUUGUAUUGAAAGUAGCACUGGAAAGAAGGAGACUUUCAUGGAGGCAUUCAAACUCACUUGCUCAACGGUCGUAAACCCAAAAAUGGUUCAACUGAUUCCUCUUUUUAUUCUGUGUGGCUUCAAUACCUCACUGUGGAUUUCCGUUUUCCCUACAUCUUUGAACUUCACAACCCACAAUUCUCACAUGAUUUACCUUCCGGCUCUCUACAGUUUUGCUAUUGGGUCAGGAGAGAUUAUUAUGGGAAUCCUCAUCUCAUUUCUCAGUAAACGCAUCAAAAAUUUUGGACAAAAGCCAACAAUGACGAUUGGCGCCGUGUGUGUUUUGAUCUACUGUGCUCUUAUUCAUCUGUCAACUGCAAUGGAUGCACCAAUUAGACCAACAAGUGAUGAGCCGAUCCUCUUCCAUCAUUCAUAUCUAUUCGUUCUGAUUAUUGGAUUUAUCGGCGGAGCAGGUGACUGUUGUAUCAACAGUGUAAGAUCAGUCAUCUGUGCAUUAGCUAUGCCAAAAAGGAGAUCUCAAGCGUUUUCUGUAUCAAAAGCUUUCCAGGCCCUUGCUUCAUGCAUCCUAUUCUUCUUAUCUCCUAUCGUACCUCUCUACAUUUACACCAUUGGACUUCCAGUAUUGUCUCUCAUUGCUACCGUUUUGUUCUUUUCGAUUGCUAAAAGAACUCAGACAAUGGAGAGAAAAAUGACCGAAGGAACGAGAAAUGCCGCGGAAGUUGGAAAGACACUGAAUUUAUGA